AUGGUCAGCGCCAAGAGACUCCUCCAGAUGGCAAGGAAGUGGCGGAAGAUGGCCGCCCUCGGGAGACCAAGGAUCCUUCUGUCCAGACCAGCACACGAAACCACCGCGCCGCUGCGCAGCAACCCCUCCUGCUAUGCACCCAGCAAGGGAACCUUCGUCGUCUACUCUCUGGACGGGGGACGCUUUGUGGUUCCCUUGGCGUAUCUUAACACACCAGUCUUCCUGGAGCUCCUCGAGAUGUCGGAGGAGGAGUUUGGAUUACCCAGAGACGGCCCUAUCGUGAUGCCAUGCGAUGCGGCUCUCAUGGCGCAAGUCAUCGCGGCGCUCGGCGAACGGGCGCCUCGAGAGGCGGAGAAGGCGCUACUCGGCACCAUCGCCGGGGCCCCGUGCACAUCCUCGUUCUCACCUCCAGGCGUUGCCCACCGGCCAUUGUUAAUCCCUGGAUUCUGA